AUGUCGAGGAUAACGUGGGAGCUGCUGCGCCGUCGCUCGGAGCACAACGAGGGCGAGAUCUCCACCCUGGAGGAGCUGUCCCUGCACCAAGAGAACAUCGAGCGCAUCGAGCUGCUGAAUCACGCCUGUCGCGACCUCAAGAUCCUCCUGCUUCAGUACAAUCUCAUAUCGCGCAUCGAGAAUCUGCACAAGCUCAAGCGCCUCGAGUAUCUCAAUCUGGCCCUGAACAACAUCGAGGUGAUCGAGAAUCUCGAGGGUCUCGAGAGCCUGAAGAAGCUCGAUCUCAUGGUGAAUUUCGUCGGCGACGCCCGCGACGUCCGGUGCCUGAGGAAUAACGAGUUCCUCGAGCAGCUCAUAUUGACGGGCAAUCCGUGCUGCGACUACGACGGCUACAGGGACUACGUGAUCGCGACGCUGCCGCAGCUGCGCGAGCUCGACAUGAAGCCGAUCAGUCGCAGCGAUCGGAUCAGGGCGCUGCAGAGGCUGGCCCGGGCCAGCGACGACGUCUGCCAGGGUUACAAGAUGUAUCGCAAGUUUCGCGAAACGCAGAAGGUGAGAUUUCGACAGAGGCAGGAAAAGGAAGGAGUCGUCAUCAGCGAGGUGACCGACGGCGACGACGACGACAAGAAAAAUAAGAAGGUGGUGGACAGCGACGAGGAGACGGACCAAUUCUGGAAGUCCAAGAGCUCGCACACGCCCGAGGAUCGCGUGGUCAUAGCCAAGAAGCGAAUCCAGCAGAUGAGCAAGUACGAGACGAGGCAGGCCGAGAAGGAGGCGCCACAGAAGCGAGUGCAGAAAUUCUUCAAUCCGGCGGGCAAGCCCUACAACAUCAACCAGCCCAAGGUGGCGUUCAGCUUCGACGACGAGACCGACCCGGACAACAUCGUGCUCGACGUCGAGCUUUACAAACACUUGGACACGAGCCUCGUGGACGUGGACGUGCAGCCGACGUACGUCCGAGUGAGCAUCAAGUCGAAGGUGCUGCAGCUGACGCUGCCCUACGAGGUCAGCACGGAGCUCAGCAGGGCGCAGAGAAACACGACGACGGGCCACCUCGUCGUCACCAUGCCGAGGCUCGCCAAGGGUCCGAGCGUCUACUUGACUACGAGUCAGAAGAAAAAGAACGAUAGGACGAGGACGAUACAGCGGCUGAGAGCCGAGCCGGAGGUGACGAAACGAGAGUAUCUGGAGAUAGGCCCGCCGAGGCGCGAGGAGACGUGGAGAGAAAAACUGACCGUCUGCACGGAGGACGGAAAACCGCUGAGGAGCAAAGUCGAGACGGAGACGACGGUGGUAAAAGACGCGGCGGGCGAGGAGGAUUUCGUGGACGAUCCGAGCGUGCCGCCGCUCGAGAGCGUUUAAAGAAAGGAGAUAGUAGAGUACUUGUGUAAUUCUGUAAAUAUCUAUAAUGUUAAGAUGUGUUGUCCGCGAUGU